AAACAGCCAAAUGUAGACUUUUUGUAUUCUGAAAUGACAAAUGCUGUUAGUGUGAUAGCUUUUUGACACAUGCGUUCCAGCAGCACAUCGGUGAUCGUUUACUCAAGUCUUCCAGGACGUUUAAUCGAUUACGGAGUGGUCGCAUCGCAUAGCGGAUGAAGACAGCUGCUCUGAAGCUAAAAUGACUUUCAGCCGGUUAUUCUCUGGAGCUGCUUUCGUCAGCAGAGUGGGAUCCAGGUCAGCGUUCACAAGCUCCAAGCCUGACUCCGCCAACCCAAACUGGCUCAGAGUGAGCCUUGCCUUUGGCUCGGCCGCUGUCCUUUGGGGCCUGCUCUUCAAGCAGCACAGUACGGACGUACACGAGUACAAAGUGAGGAAUGGCCUGGAAUGAACCGCCACAUUGGUGUUUUCCGGUCCUGUCUCUCUGGGAUGCACCUGUUUGUCCGCUUCUUUCUGUUUCCACGAUUGCUCGCUCUAAAUUCUGUGUAAAAUAAAAUAUCUAACAUGUGAAAUAUA